AUGCUGGCAUCUGGCGAAAAGCAAGCCUCUUGGUUUCAGGAAAAGUAUAUCCUUGGCCACGAAGGUUGCGGACAGAUCAUUGAAAUUGGCAGCAGUGUUCAGGACAAAGGACUGAAAGUGGGAGAUAUUGUGGCUCUUCAUGCUGUUCCUGGUUGCAACCAAGACGAUUGCCCUGAAUGCUCUCGCGACCUAGCUCAACUUUGUGAAAGAGGCCACCACUCAGGUAUUGGCCAAGAUGGCUUCUAUGCACCUUAUACUGCUGUGGAUAUUAGAGCUGCGGUGAAAGUUCCAGAUGGCGUCAGCCCGGCAGAAGCUGCUGUAGCCACUGACGCCGUGAACACAGCCUUUCAUGCCAUAACCAGGAGGGGAGAAGUCAAAAAGCAUGAGACGGUAUUUCUCUUUGGCCUUGGCGGCCUAGGUUUCAAUGCUCUACAGAUUGUUCGUUAUAUCGGAGCAAGAGUGAUAGUUUCCGAUAUUCGACAAGAACUGCUUGAUGAAGCCAAAGCGCUGGGUAUACCUGAGAAAGAUAUCGUUCCAGUGGGAAAGCCUCCGCAAGACUUCAUCAAAGAGAAUGGCCUGGAAGGAAAGAUUGACACUGUUCUUGAUUUUGUUGGUACCCAUCAGACAUUUGAGGAUGCUCAACAUAUCGUUCGUCGUGGCGGCAAACUUCUUUGCAUCGGCAGUCUUGACACGGAAAAUACUAUUCAUAUGAAGAUUGGCACCAGGAAGAGGCUCUCUUUCAUUUUCUCCUACGGAGGUCAAGUUCGAGAUCUGGAGAAGGUUCUUGAGCUUAUUGCUUCUGGUCAUAUCAGUCCGCGAGUGGAAACCAGAAAGCUUCCAGAUUUUGAGGAAGUGCUUGGGGCAUUGGGUGAAGGAAAGAUCAAGGCGAGAGUGGCAUUACUACAUGACUAG